UCUAUCUCUGUCAAUUUAAUGAAGAACGAAAGAGAAGCACCGUUUCAUGACAGCACCUUGAAACACGGAGUUGUGUACAUGUCACACGGGAAAGGUCGUAGCCAAAAUUUGUCGGCGUUGCCGUCAAUGCCGUCGUCCUACCUGUCAAAGGUAGAAAAGUAGUCGAAGGAAGUUUUAAAGUUAUUUUACUACAUUCCAACAAAGUUGUUUAGAAUCUGUAUUGUACUAAAGUGUUAUUGAAGAAUUGAUAUGUUUAUAAUCCCAAUCGGACUAAUACUAGGCGCUUGUGCAAAAGGUGUUCUAAGUUGAAUAACUGUUUCUGUUGUGUAGGUGGCUGACCCGAUGAUGUGAAAGUGUAUUUUCGCAUAAAAUUUAGAUCCCAUUGUUUAAAUAUUUCCUGGUAAUUGUUGGGAAAAACAUACGAGAGGCUUGUUGUGUAAGAAUACAGUCGUAUUGCAAUGUGAAUGUUGUCGCGGAGUCGCAGUAGACAUACCGUGGAAGUAAAUUUUGUUGCGAAGCAUCCGCAGCAAUGGAUGUGCCAUCACAGGAGACCGUGGGACUCUUGUCUUCAGACGAGGGCGGCGCGGGCGGCAGUUCAGACUCCCCAGACAGCAGCGAGGACGAGGUCACCUCACACGUCCCGCCCGCCAUGACUGCCCGCGCCCAGGUGCCGACCAUCAGCGUCACGCCCCACAGCCCGGGCGUGCUCGACGACAGCCUACAACAGCUACGCCAGCUUCAUGCGGCCGUGCAACGUAUGCGCGCCGCGCCGCUCCCGCUUAUGCAAGCGGGCGGCAUCAGUCGUCUCAGCACAUCAUGCCCAUCACUUUGCAAAGAUGGCGGCGAUCCAGACUGCUACUCACCCACACAUCUGGACUUGUACCCACACAGCCGUAAGGGCAGCGGCGAAUCGCGCUCAUGGGGUCUGUGGGACAGGCGGGAGGAAGGCCGGCGGAGCUCCUGGGCGGCACUGGAGCCCAACGCACGCCAGCCCGAUGCCAGCCGCCAGCGCAGUACCCUUAACGGUCACAGCGCGUCGCUAUCAUCCAUGGAGUCGGAGGGCGAGCCUCGCGUGCGGCAUUCGACGCACUCGCUCAACGACAACGACCUAGCCAAAGACUUCGAGAAGGUGACGGCGGCGCUCCGCGCGGGCACUAGCGUGGCGGAGGGCGCGCGGCUGGCGGCGCGGCUGCCGCUGCAGAAGUCCGUGUCCACGCCCAGCAUCGUGGCCGCCGUGCAGCCCGCGCAGCCCCCGCCCGCCAACAACAUCUUGUCUGGCGGUGGUGCGAGCGAGACGGAGAGCGACGAGGACGCGUCGGCGGCCACGGUCGGGGCCACAACGCAGUUGCCAGGGCGAAGAAACAACACACAUCAAGAGCAUUUGGGCUUGCAUCGAUUGGCGUUCUUGGAACAAGCGGCGUAUGACCACCAUGCAGAAAAGCGGCGGAAAAGAGGCAGUUUGUUUUUCAGAAAAAAGAAGGACAAGUCGCGCAAGGCCGCUCACGUGUGGCAGGCGGCGACGUCGGCCGCCGACUGCGACUGGUGCGGCCGAGCUCUGACGGACAAGCCCGCCUUCUACUGCGAACAUUGCACCAUGACAGUACACCAAAGCGUGUGUAAAGACUACAUUGUUGAAUGCAACAAACCAAAAUCAUCAAAGACCUCUGUCGGCAAAUCCUUGAGCGCGGCAAGUGGUAAAAGUAGCAAAAGGAGUUCCGUCUCUAGCCAGUCACAAAACCCUAACAGCACCGGCCACGUGUGCAAUGACGACAAAGACUCCGACCACAAGCACGACCAAAGCAAUGCGUCAGACGACGCAGGAGCGUCAGAGUGGCCGGAGGCCUAUCUGACCCCCGACCUACUGGGCGAAGAGGCUAUUUUACUAGGCUUGGGUGCCUUAGAGCCUGACACUUGGGCUGCGGGCGCGCCUAAAGGACUGGCUAAGGCCAUCGGGGAUCGGGAGACGAAGAGGCAGGAGCAUAUUUACGAGCUGAUAUUGACUGAGAAACACCAUUGCCUUACGAUAAGGCUGAUGCAAAAGAUGUUCGCAGAAGGCAUGCUCCGAUUCCCCGGCAUAAGCUCAGCCCAAGUAUCCCGAAUGUUCCCCUGCGUAGAAGAACUAUGGACGUUACACGCUGCCUUACUAUCUCGACUACGGGCACGGCAGCGAGCGUCCGCGCAGAUAGCGUCGGUGGCUGAUAUACUAGCUGACACCUUUGCUGCGCCGGCCAGACACCGACUAAAGGCUGCUUACGGUGAAUUCUGUUCUCGGCACCGCGACGCCGUGGACGUGUUCAAGGAGUGCUGCGCGCGGGAGCCCCGGCUGGCGCGGUUCAUACGCAAGUGCCAACAGAACCCUCUGCUUAGGAAGAAGGGUGUCCCAGAGUGCGUGCUAUUUGUGGCGCAGAGGCUGACCAAAUAUCCAUUGCUACUGGAACCGUUACUGAAAACGGCGGGAGAUGACAUCAACGAGAGGGAGCUCCUGCAGAAGGCGCUGUGCGGCGUUAAGGAAAUUUUAGUAGACGUGGACAACCAGGUGGCAGCGAAAGAGCGAGAAGACAGGAAACUGGAGAUCUACCACCGAAUCGACGCGAAGUCGUUCGCCAACUUCCGCGGGCGCAAGUUUAAGAAGAGCGACAUACUGCAAGGGAACAGGAGUCUUAAGUUCGAAGGGGUAGCGACGUUAAUGCAGGGUCGCAGCAAAAUGCAGACGCUGCUAGUGAUCGUGCUGACAGAUGUACUGUUCUUUUUGCAUGACAAUAACAACAAAUACACCUUCUUCACACCUGACAAUAAGACUGGAGUGGUAUCUUUAGUAAAGCUGCUAGUCCGCGAGAAGGCGGGCGCCGAGGGCCGCGGGCUGUACCUGAUCUGCAGCGGGCCCGCCGAGCCCGAGAUGUUCGAGCUGCGCGUGCACCGGCCCAAGGAUAUCCAUGCGUGGAUACACAAUAUCAGGUUGGCGGUGUCGCAGUGUCCCGGGGAGGCGGAGGACGCGGAGGGCGCGCUCGCCUCCGCCGAGGAGCGCCAGCGCGCGCUCGACGCCCGCCACGAGAGCAUAAGACUGAUCACUGAGGCGUUGCGUGUGAAGGACAGAGAGCACGCGACGCUGCUAGAAGAAAAAAUGGCACUGCACAUGAAAAUGGUGGGACACACGGGCGCCUCCACGUUAGACGUGCCUAGCACAGGUGUGAACACAGUAUUUCCAGGGGGCUUGGUGUUCCCAGACUAUGUGCGGCUAGCGGCCCCACAGCCCGACACGCACGCGUUAUGGCAGGAGGUGUGCCGCGUCGUCAAGGACGCACUGGAAGCAUCGAGCGGCGCUUGGUGCGGUAGCAGCGCUUUAGGCCGAAGUACGAGCUCAGCGGGCGAGCGACAUUCGUGCGCCUACGAGAGCCCCGCGUUACCGCGACGGGCGGACACCUUCGCCGGCUUCGACGCCACUACCAACAGACACAGAGGCGUCAACCUCCGGUUAUCAACGGACACGCCAGAAGAGGCCGAAGGCGAGGCCGAGCCUCACGGACCUCACGGCCCCCACGAAGCUCACGACAGACCGCGCGUCUACGAACAGACAGGCGGCGACAGCGCGCUCAAACUGCAGCACGCUGUUUACACGCUCACCUGCAUCGUGUGGCAGCAGCUCACCACUAUACACAGUCUCGAAGCGCAAGUGAUGGCGUGGCGGGCGGCGCCGGGCGGAGCCGCGCGCGGCCACGAGGCGCAGCUGGAGGAGCUGCGGCACCUGCAGGCGAGGCUCACGGCCGACCGCGCCGCCUGGGAGCACUCGAGGGCGCGCGACCACGCCAGCAUCGCUGACGAAAAGCGGCAGCUUCAAGCGGCGCGGGAGGAGCUGCUAGAACAACAGAAAGACGUCGAACAGCAACGGGAGAGGCUCUUCAGACGUCUCGAGCGGCUGCAGCAACACGGCGGCUCGCAGGAGGAGAUAGCGAGUGUGGGCACCUUAUCGCCUGAUUCCAGUGUCAGCGAUACAACGAGGAGAAAAGAACCUAAGUGGCGGAGCAGCCGCGGCUCGACGGGGUCGGAGGGCGCGGGUGCGGGUGCGGGCGCGGGGGCGGGGGCGGGGGCGCCGCGCGCGCUGCCGCCCCCGCAGCUGCUGUCGGCGCAGAAUGAGAGCCGCGCCACCGCUGCUAUCUCCCAAAUGGUGAUAAAACAGCAGUUACCACUGAAGCUAGCGAGUGGCAAGUCGCAGCAGCCGCCGCCCGGCUACCACCGCCUACACGAGUCCCCGAGCGAGCAUUCGACGGGGCUCUUGAUACACCACACGCGCACCGGCAGCUCGCCCGCUCCGUUACCCACGCAGCCGCCGCUCAAUAAUAAAGCUACCAGAACAAACACAUACCCCAAGCUGCCGGACAAGUUCCGCGUGCGCACGCCGGACACUCACUCGCCUCACUCGGCGCCCGUGUCCGGUGCGGGGGGUGUGGGUGGUGCUAGGGAGGGUGUCGGGGGUGCGGGGGAGGAGGAGGUGCUCUACUUCUGACCCCCGCGCGGCCCGCCCCCGCCGCACGCCCGGCGCUCCUGAGACUGCCGCCUGUCCUAACUGCCGGUGCCGGGGAUACAAUACACUCCCGACCGAGGCCCGAGCCGAGACAAUCGUUCCUGCUAAUAGUGCUAAUGCCCCAUUCAACUUCAGUAAGCGAGUCUAGUUACAAAAAAACAAAACAUGUGUAAAGACUUCGAAAAUACGUGUUUGACGACACGUGCUUGAAUAGGCGUUACGUUUAAUGAACGUUUUUGCGUACAGAUUACGUUUACUCGGUACUUACAGUCUUAAACUUCAUCAUAUUCUCAGACCAUUUGUCAAUGUUUUAACUUCAACUUUUACUAUACUAAACGGUUCCAUGAGAACUUGCAAAACGGUUUCAGAAAUGCGUAUCUUCCAAAAUACGACGCCAAGCGGAGACUAGAGACGUAAUUCAUUGCCAUAAAAUUAUUUAAGAAUAUUUAUAAAGGUAUAGUCGAGAUCUCUACAUACACUGCCACAUACUUGAUUUUAACACGUAUCUCAACUCUCAUAUAAUUUAUUUAUUUAUAGUAUAGAUAAAACUUUCUCUACUGAGCUCGUUCGCUUACCUGUACUAACAAUGGCAUUCUGUCAAACAAAAGCCAUUAUUUCUUUUGUGUGCGCGCGUGACCUUUGUGCCUGAGGCUCACACACAAUGGCCACGCGCUCCAUCCACGUGGUCCAUAACUAUGGACACCCGACUCCUAAAUGUAUGCCCAAACGACAUACACAACUGUACUUACAUUAAAUCUAAGUGACAUAAACAUUGUUACCGACGACACAUGCCUACUUUCAGCAUAUCCUUUUUACCUACUAAAAAACUGAAGAAAAAUAAGUAAGAUCAAUACGGAUAAGUGUGGCUGCGGGACAAAUAUGGCUUAGGUUCACAUUGGGCCCUGAGUCUACCGCGAACCACGUUCGACAUGUUGCCUCUCUAUCGCAUUUGUAAAUUCGUACUUAAGUGUGAGAGGGAGGCAACACGUUGAACGUGGUUCGCGGUGGGCCCUCUGUUUACACAUUGAUUAGCGUUUAAUGCAAAUUCAUACGUUUGCCACUAAACGCAAGUAAGUAGCAAAUGUAUGAACCCGCAAUAAUCAAUGUGUAAAAGGCCCAGGUGUGGAGGCUAGCCACACUUAUCCGUAUUGACUUUAAACAAAAAGGCAGUACGUAACAACAAAAUUGUGACUUAAACAUGUAUCACAAUGAAUUAUUAUACAUUCCCCCAUUAUGAUUCUAUAAUUGUUUUAAUGAACUUAAUGUAACGCUUUAAACUAUUUUUUAUUAUAUAUGUAUAAGUAAAUUUGUAUCGUUAAGUACUUACAGGGGCCAUCGUACUUAUUUUAUUUAAAACAAAUAUCAAAUCACUCGAAAUGUACAAACUUAAAAUUGAACAUUCCAGAAAAUGAUCUCUAUUUUAUUACUUCACUAGCGACCCGACCCGGCUUCGCACGGGUAAACCUUACCAAAUUAUACACCUAAACCUUCCUCAAGAAUCACUCUAUUGAUAGCUGAAAACCGUAUGAAAAUUCGUUCAGUAGUUUUUGAGUUUAUCGCGAACAUACAGACAGAUAGACGCGGCGCGGGACUGUUUUACAAGAUGUAUAGAUAGAUAUUAAUUUAAUAAACAGUAUUUAAAGGCAGCUCUCAUGAAAAAUAUAACUAUAAAGUAAAUAUGACACGAGCUUCACCCCUACAUUAGAAAGCAGUUAUUUGCCAUGAGUCAAUGUAAUAACAAUUUUAUGGCAUUACAAUAGGAGUCAUUAUACAAUAGCGAGGCGGGCGAUUAUAUUUAAGAUAUCAAAAACCUAUGCUAGUAGCCAAAUGACUACGAAUACGGUCUAUAGUGAAUAUAAAGUUGUUACACUAGAUGUUUUGGAAACUUGAAAUCUUGUUGUUGACAUAAUAUACAAUUAAACAUUCGACUUAGAGUAGAGGUUUGAGAGUUACGACAUCUCAGUCGGGACGCCUUUUGGUACAUGGUGACAUGACAUGAUGACACAGUACUGUGUCAAAGAGUGCCUAAAAAGAGGCCUAAGCCUAAGGCCCAGCCGUACAAGAAACAAAAUUGCCAGUGAAAUUUGAACCUAUAGUGUAGGAAAAAGAGUUGAUUUUGGUUUGAGUGAAAACUAACCGAAACAAAACAAAUACAACUAUUCCGAUUGAAAAUGAUUUAAAUAUCGAACUUAAUUAGUACUCUAGGUACGACCUUACGUGGUUUUUGAGACAAAUUACCGGCCUUACAAG